UGUGUUACGAGCCGUCUCCAGCAGCUUAUACCUAAGUUUUGCGCUUCCUAGACUUUGCGCGUUCUAUCAAUCACCUAAGCUUCUUGUUGAGGAGCAAGCAUCAUGCAACAGAAGCUAAAAUCCGUCUUUCGAAAGUCCAGUAAAUUGAGGAGCUCGUCACGCUCAGACGAGCAUUUGGGAAACGAAUCUCAACACGGCGAAGCAAGCCCAUCACGCGCCGAUCGACAGCCCGUAUUCUCGGACAAGCACGAUCGCACAUCAGCCGAUUCAUCUGCAAUUGGGUCUAUCUACACCGGCCGCAGCAGACCAGUCAGCUCCAUCUACGAUGAUCAACGCCAGAACCAACUACCUGUUAGGCAAUCAGCUGCAUCUGCUUCCGCCGACCACAACGGCGGUGCCAUAGCGAACGACUACAAGGCAUACCUGCCGGCGCUCUUACCGGUAAAUGACGACCAUGGCGACGAGUACAUCACACUUAGUGGGGACAGACGACACAUGAAGGGGGAGAGCGAGGCACGCCACGAGGAAGAUGUCGCCGACCGCAACAUUGCACGUUAUAGUACAUCGAUCGAUGGUGGACAUCGCAGCACAGUUGGUGUCGCGCACAAUGGAUCAGCUGUAUCUUCUUCAACUGCUCCUGUUUCGAACCUCCCAUCCGCUCAAGUACACUCGCGCAAACAAUCCGGGGCCACGCUGAGCUCAGUUUCGACUGGCGGUUAUGCUGGGAAGCAUACUCUCGGCGACAACAUCACAGCCAAUGGUGGUCUCAUCGACGGUAUUCGCCCGCACGCUGAGUCAAGUGCAUAUGAGAAAGGAUUUGCGAAGAAGUCGAGCUUCCCUCCCAAGGCCGCUCGUGCGGAGCCAGGGUGCGAGAAAAGGAAGCCUAAUAUGUCGGACAGCGACAAUGACACGUCCAGAGCACCACAAGAAACGUACGAGGUCGCAGGAUCACACUCUGGCGUACAUCACAUUAUUAUGGAUGGGACGGCAGAUAGCGAAGAGACUGCGCUGGCCAGAAAGCUGCGUGAGGAUGGCGUUGUGGAUCUCAGAGACACUAUCGACACAGAUGGAGACAUCACAUGGGCUCCUGCCGUCACACACGAAGUGAUCAAGCCACACCAGCACGAGGUUGUUCAACACAAGAUCUAUCGCGAGAUUCACAACUACGAACACUUCCACCGUAUACAGCCUGUGAUGAUGACAGAGGUUCUCCCGCCUCGUCAUUGGAUUCCCAACCCAAAUGGAGAGGGACUCAUCGAAAUCUCCGCCGAUGAAUUGCCCGCUCGUACAGGCGACAAUCGUUGGUGGUCGAUCUGCGAGCAUUCGAGUCCUCACUCCCGACGGACGACUUUGCCCAAAUAUCGAAGGGAACCUGAGAUUAUCGAAGCCGGAACGUUCAUGACCGAACAAGGGUUCGAGCGAAAAGAAACGAUCAUCAUUCACCCGCCGACACUUGCUGACCUUACUGGCUACGGCGGACCUGUCCAAGCCAUGCACUUCGAUCACAAGACUGGCAAAAGCUGGAUGGGCGAGCUCACUACGAUGGACAGACUGCACGAACUCCAACAGGAGCUUGAUCGCGCGCUGGACGCACAAGGUUUUGAGAUGGGUGGACUUCACAAGGCCCUCCCUAAAUUGUCUUCGCACUCUGCUUGUAGGGGCUCCACUUCUAUGCCGCUCCGCAGGCCAGUGAGCGGUCACUCUACGCUAGAUGUUCAGGCUUCGAGAACGAGUAAUUAACGACUUGGCUAUUCACCAAUGAUAUUGUACCUGCU